AUGCAGCCCGCAACGGAGUGCCAUGACCCCCUAGUGGUUGGGAGGGUUAACCACCACAGUGUAGAGCUGAGCUGGAGCAGUGAGGAGAAUGCAGCUCAUCUGGGACCUCUCGAAACCUGGACCCUGUUCACUCUCGAAGGGAAUGACCCUAAAAAACAGACAACUGUAACUUUCUAUGUUGGAUAUGGGACAAAGUUCACAGUGGACCGGCUAGAGCCAAACACCUUGUACAAAUUCAGACUGAAGACCUGCCAUCUUUCAGGAGAAAUCCUCUAUGGGCAAGAAAUUUCAGUUCAUACUGCACGAGAACCACUGAAUGGGAAAAACCUGCAUCAAGCUGUCAUCUUAAACAACGAAGAGGAACUGGCUAGAAUUUUGCACAUGAACACUGUGGAUGUCAAUAUUCCAGAUCAACUGGGUUUCACCCCUUUGAUGGUGGCAACAAUGAGAGGAUUUUACAGAUUGGUCGAUAUACUGGUGCAGAAUGGAGCAGACGUAAACAAGAAGAGCAGCAGUGGGAAAGACAGCCUGAUGCUGGCCUGCUUCUGUGGCCACCUGGACAUUGUGCAGUACCUCAGGAAGUCUGGGGCUCUGUGGAUGUCCCGGGACAAUGCAGGAUGCACUGCCCUCCACUGGGCUGUAGAUGGCAGUCAUUUGCCUGUCAUUCAACAUAUGAUAGAGGAUAACUGCCAGGUGGAGGUAAAAGACAGUGUGUCUGGCUGGACGCCCCUCAUGAGAGUGUCAGCAGUCACUGGUAAUGCCAACGUGGCCUCCAUUCUUCUUGGAGCUGGGGCUGACAUCAACGUUAGGGACAGGGACGGAAAGACCCCACUAAUGAUUGCAGUAUUGAACAACCAUGAAGACCUUGUCAAAUUGCUUUUAGAGAAUGGCGCAGACCGUCAUGUUAAAAAUGAGUUUGGCUUCACUGCGAAAGAAAUGGCGAAGGCUUUUGAGAGAAAGAGUAUCAUGCAACUGCUGGAGGGAGGAAGCCAGUGAUCACAGAAAAAUACAGACCUUGCUGUGUCUAGGCUAUACUGUAUGCAAUUUUAACAUUCAAAAAUG